GAAAAACAAUGUGGGUAUACGUGUAACAUUCAUAUACGGGGAAGCAAAGAACUCACUCCUAGAAGCUCUUUGCUGAGGCCAGGUCUGACUGGUCUCACUGCACUCCUAUAGAGUGGUGCACUCAGACUGUUCAUUCAGACUGCUGCCGCAUACAGUGUGCAGGUAUAACAAGUGUGGGCAAAAAUUUUGUGGGAGCUGAGUAAGAAACACACACACACACAAAAAGAAAGAAAGAAAGAAAAAGAAAUGAAAAGGAAUCUUGCAGUCACUUCUGCUCCUCUUCACUCUCACUCUUCCUCAACAAUGCUGUUGAUAAAUUGGAGGAAGAAAAAUUAAAGUUGCCUUAAAAUAAUUUCCUAAAUCUCUCUGGAGUGUUUAACCUUCUAAGGGGUUAUGUCAGUUCUCUAAUCUCUAGCUGUGCUACAGAUAAGCAAAUAUUGAAUGACAGCCAAACAGGACUGUUAAAAAGGAAACGUGACUGCUCAUGCCUCUCUCAAACUAUUCACGUUCACAGUCAUAACAUACAUCUCUGUGGGCCCUGGAAGAGAAGACGCAAGCUUAUACACCCGUAAGCAACAACAGAUUAAUGAUGGAACCAUCAAAAGAGUUUGUAUUCAAUUACAAAGGGUUUUAUUUUGCUGUAAAUACUACACCUGAGUAUGUAGCUUCCCUGGAGAAUUUUGAAAUCAAGGACAGUGACAUAUUUAUAGCUACUUAUCCAAAAUCAGGAACUGUGUGGACUCAGAAUAUUUUGAGCUUAAUACUCCAUGAAGGCCAUCGUAAUGGAACAGAAAAUAUGGAGAUGCUGGACAGAAUCCCCUGGGUGGAAUAUAAUAUUAAAAAUAUGGAUUAUGGCAGUCUUCCUUUGCCUCGAGUUUUUGCCACUCACCUGCCUUACUACUUAACUCCAAAAGACCUGAGAAACAAAAAGGGACAUGUUAUUUAUGUCGCCAGGAACCCUAAGGACGUGUUGGUUUCUUAUUAUCACUUCUCCAAAUUCAUCCGAACACUAGAGAAAAUACCGGAUUUUAACAUUUUCAUGGAGAGAUUUUUAGCUGGAAAAGUGCUUGGCAGUGCCUGGUUUGACCACGUUUCAGGCUGGUACAACCAUGCAAAGGAUUUCAAUAUACUCUUCCUGACCUACGAGGAGAUGAAAAAGGAUCUCAGAAGUGCUGUGCUGAAAAUCUGCGACUUCAUAGGCAAGAAGCUGAGUGAAGAGGAAAUAGAAAGUGUUGUGAGACAGGCUACAUUUGAGAACAUGCAGAAGGACCCCAGGGCAAACUAUGAGAACAUGCCAGACGACAUGGCGAUCAAGGGGAAGGGCAGAUUUCUACGGAAAGGCACCAUUGGAGACUGGAAAAACAUGAUGACAGUGGCUCAGAGUGAAAGGUUUGAUGAAGUUCUUAAAGAAAAAAUACGGACCCUGCCUAUCAAAUUCACCUGGGAGAUAGACAGUGAAGUGUAGCCUGGCUUUGAGGUUUCUCACUCUUCGGCGUUCGUCAUGGAUGGACACACUUGACCUUAUGGAAGAACAUAAUAUGAUUUUCAACUGUGUUGUAGAGAUAAUAAAUAGAAGAACUCAUUCAGAAAAUGAGAGUUAUCUGAAGGAGCUAUUCAAUUCCA